AUGGCCAUGACGGGGAAGGAAGAGAUCAAGCACGGCGAUAUUACCCAGUCGGGCCCAGUGCAGUUGCUAGAGUCGACGAAGACAGGGAUCGGCCUUGAGAGGAAGCAGCAGGCAUCUGUUAUGAGCAGCAGCGCAGGUGUGGUGGAGCACGUCCAGGGCUUGGUGGAGUGGCUGGCCCACCGUCUGUCAAGGAGCGCAACCAUUUAG